CGACUAGCGCCCUCAACUCCCAGCUCCAAAUUGGCUGGGUCGAAGGUUCUGCGAUUGCUGAAUCUAAUGAUGUCAUGAAGUCAAUCUUGCUUUGUCUGUUCCUUCUACAUUUUUUCUGCGUAUUUGGCAAGCAGUGCUUUCUUGAUGCUAUCCCAGAGUCGGAUCGAGUUAAUCUUACCUUGGACGGAUAUUCCAUGCCAGUUGGACUUUGGCGCGGUGCUUGGGACAGCUCACUGAUUUCCAGCAAGAUCUAUGGGAUUUUGCUCUCUGAGAUUAUGGGCUAUCAGGUGGAAUAUGGAACAGGAUCUGGGAGCUACAGUUAUAUUUGGAUGUUGGCAGGCUGCUCACAAUUGAAUCCCACUGACAUCCAGGCAGAUUGUGUGCCGCCGCGGCGCUGGCACUUUGCUUUCGAGAGCUGGCAGGAAGGGCGACCCUACGUGCGUCCAGCUCUGUUGGCUAUGGGCGAGUAUGCGCCGGCGAGCCUUGGGAGCCCGGGCUACGCUGGAUACCAGGGCCUCUUUGUUAUGUCUUUGCCGUCCAUGGCAUCUGCAACUAGAUCUGGUUUGUCGCUUACUUAUUUCAGCCACUACAAUGCUUCUUGGUUCGAACCACAGCGGUAUAUCCCCGUGGUCGAUGAAGUGAACAUGACAAAGCUUCUGACAUGUGCAGAGGCGGUGAACACUGCAUAUCCUUUUCUGGGGCAACAGUACUUGGAAGCAACUGCCGAUGAAGGUGGUGUAGAGUAUCAGGACGAUCGCCCUCUAUUGAAGUGCUGGAAGGGCAAGUGGUGGGCAGCUCCAUCCUGCCGCCACAAUGUCUCGUAUUGUGGGGCAGUUGUCACUGGGGGAUUGGGCUGGGGAAUGGUUGAGUUGGUACAGCAGGCCUCCUUUCACAACAUGCCUCUGGCAUUUGCCACGGCCAUCCAAACUCCGAAUGAGUAUGUACAGCUGAAUAUAGAGCUCCAGUCUGCCUUGUACUGGUGGACUCCAGAUUCUACUUUUGUGGAGUAUGGUGCCCAAAGAGUUGUUUUCCCGGAACACAACUCACAAGAGUAUCGAAACGGAAUCUACGGAACUCAGCGAACUGAAGCUUUUUUGUCCACCUGGGCUGCUGGCGGCCUGGACAGUGAACAAGCUCAAGGUGGUGAGUUUCCACUUUCUUUGGCCAAGAAAUUUCAUUUGUCCAACAGUGACUUGCUCGAACUGCUUAAGGAUCACGUCGGCAGACCUGGGGACCCAGAAGAUUUUGACAACGAUGCGAGGGCAUGGACAACAGCUUGCAACUGGCUGCAGAGACACAGAAACUGGCUCACAUGGGUGCCACACCACACUGAUUGUGGUAGGGGGCAAGGACUUGUUAAUUUGCGGGGGAUGUUUGUGCAAAACAUAUCUGAAGCUGUUGGAUGUGAGAUUUGUCCUGUGGGAUACGCUUCGAUACAAGACAAUGGCCAACGCACCUGUCGGCCUUGUCCAGCGGGUAGCUACCAAAGCUUUCCGGGAGAGUCCUCCUGCACCACUUGCGCUCUUGGGAGCAUGGCACCUCAUGAAGGCUCCCGAGAGUGCGAACUGUGCGGUCUUGGUCGGUUUGCAAACAGCAGUGGGAUGACAGACUGCUACAACUGUGGAGAUGCCCAAAUGCAGAAGUGGACAACCAGUCGGUGGGUCACUUUGCAAGAGAAGGAGAUGUGGAUCCAAGUUCAAGGGGCGACUUCAAACUUGUCUUGCGCUUGCGUUCCUGGAACCUUUCUCUUCGAAAGCAACUGUGUGGAUUGCAUGGAGGGAUCUACCUGUCCUGGAUCAGACAGCUUGCAAGUUCUUCCAGGCUACUUCUCCACAGUGGAUGCACCUGGUGAGAUCUACCGCUGCUUCGGAGAUGUUGGAAAGUGCCCUGGAGGGCCCCCUGGGACUUGUGCCCUGGGACGCGACAGAAGAAGUGUGGCAUGCUCCAGAUGCGAGUCUGGCAAACAUGCAGAGGCAGAUGGCACUUGCAGACCUUGCGUUGGUCUUGACUUUGCAAUUUUCAUCUCAACUUCCGUGCUGGUGAUCAUGGUCAUAACCGCUUUAUACCUGGGAUUGCUCAAGACGAAGAGACAUCCAUCGCCUCUACUGAUUGUCACUAUCUCACUGGCCCAAAUGAUCACAAUCGCACAGAAGCUCACUGUGCUUGCCAAGUUCAAGAUCGGGUGGGAUGAGCCCUUCUUGAGUGUUCUGCAUUCCAUUCAACUGCUGAACUUUGACCUCAAGCACAUUUCCAUUGACUGCAUCUCACAAGUUGCCCCUUUGGUCGAGUUUUCCAUCAGAGUACUUCUGAUGCCUCUUUUUUGCUUACUAGUUUUGAUAGUGCACUUCCUAUAUUCGGCAUUUUUCUCAAAGCGAAGCAUGUGUGGAAGCUUCCAGCUGGCUCAGCUGGGUCGUACAGUGGGCACCAUCUUCAUCAUUUGCUUUAUCUCAGUCUUCUCCUCCUUGCUGUCUCCCUUUCAAUGCGUGAAACACCCCAAUGGAAAGUUCACUCUCCAGGACUACCACGAUGUGUUCUGCAAUUGGCAGGAGGAGCACUUGCAGAUGUGCAUUCUUGGUGCUAUAGCAUGUUUGCUUCCAGUGGGCUUUCUGGCUCUUUGCACUUGGGCGGUCCUGGUAGAGGUGCCAAAGCGGCUUGAGGAGUCCAACCAAAACUUCAUCCGUGCGUGCUCCUUCCUUUUCACGAGAUUUCGGCCAGGUGCUGAGGUCUUUUCAGUCCUUUUCUUGACGCGAAAUGCCCUGGUUGUCCUGUGCCAACUUCCAUCCAAUAGACCUGUCAAAGUUGUGCUGUUGAACGCCUUGCUUUACGUCAGUUUGAUUUUGACGGCCUUCUACAAACCUUGGCGCUUUUUGUCGUGCAACCUUCUGGAUAUUUGGCUGAUUGCCGGACUAAUGGUGAUCGUUGACAUGGGAGCCGUCUCAAUGCAAGAAGAAAACUCCGCUUCAGCAAUGGUUAUUUGCAUGGGAUUCCUGGUUUCGAUGAUUGUGGCAAUAUUUGUCGCAGCAGUCUAUGGGGCCUCCAAACACAUCAUGCAGCAGUACUUUCGGAAGCGCUUUGACUUCUUCUUAUGUCAUCAAAAGUCUGCUGCUGGCUCUUUCGCACGGCUGCUGAAGAUUGAACUCACGAAAGCCAACCACUCUGCCUUUAUCGACAGUGAUGACCUCUUGGAUAUCACCCGCCUGUGCAGAUAUGUGGCCCAGGAUACGCAAAAGUUUGUGAUUUUGGCGACGCCAGACAUCCUGGGACGAAAAUGGUGCGUAGCCGAAAUGACUACCGCGCAGAUUUGCGAAGUGUCCUCGGUUUUGAUCACUUGGCCAGGCUUUGUAACACCCAACGAUGCAUUUGUUGCGGACUACUUCAAUAGGAACUAUGACUUGGAGGCUCUUUCAGAGUUUGGCAUCUUCAAAGAUGAUGUGAAGGCGACAUUGUGGUGGUUGCAGCUUGUGCCCUCUGUCAAGAUGGCGACAGAGCUUACGAUUGAAAAGGUUGGCGAUAUUGUGCAGCAACUGACGCAGACUUACAGCUUAAGACAAAGGGCAUCUUCAAGCGGCAGUAUUGGCCAGAUCGACAGCCCAGUGCUUGCAGAUCCAGUCAACACUGAAGCAGUGGCAACAGCACUGGUCCUUCUGAGCUACCUAAAGAAGAAGCUCAUGGUUGGCAGCAUCAUGCCCAGACUUCUGCAACAUCAACUGAAGGUGCCCAACAAAGCCAGCACCGUGGUUGUGAUCAUCACGAAGGGUUGCUUUUUGUCUCCUACCUUCGCACACUGGCUUAUGCAGGUGCAUGACUUGCCAUGUGGAAUCGUUCCAAUCAUUGCGGAGGAGAGCCACAGCUUGCCACCGUCUUUCUAUGAGGAGCUACGUGCUUUCUGGACCUUUCGUGCUGAGAUUGAUGCUGAGCUUUAUAUUCAAAUUGUGAAGGCAGUUUACAAAGAGCUUGCGGUCGUUUUCGCACCAGGGAGCUUUGCCAGCACUCAAGAGGACUUGGAGUUGCGUGCCAACAAGGUUUGCGAUCGUUUGUUCGCUGAUCAAUUGCCACUCUCCAGGCUCAAUUCAUCAGAGGUGGGGUUCUAGGGUGUCACCCGUCAAUUGGUCGAGUGUUUUUGGCCGCCAUUUUUGGGGAUUUGUUCGGUCUUGAAGUUGUCUUGCAGUUUGCUUUUUUUUGCAAUGUCCUGUGAAUGUGGAAGUUCGCCAAGUUCCUUUGCAAGCACUCGCCAGCUGGUAACACCCAAGAUGAGGGGUGAAAGUUCCCAUUGAACCAGACCGUGUUUGAAGCAUCACUCGUGGUUGAAGCAAAACUGCAGCACCCAUGGCUGGUGGACGUGCUGCAGAGAAACCACCCUCAGGCGCAAUUGGACGAAAGUUCGAGCACUAGCACUUGGAAUGCAGAUGAGUGCUCGGCUGGGUCUUGAGUUUUCACCAGCGACCGCUCGCUGGCCAGCUGUUUUGCAGGAAGGUUGCUGAGGACGUUUUAGCAUACCACUGGCAUAGCACGGUUUCAAUCUGACUGUGCAGCUGCAGACGCAUGAAAGUUUGUGUGAAGCCAGCUGCGGAAGAAACUGCAUAAGUUUGCGGCAAAAAUGCGUUCCAAUGAGAAGCAACUUGCAUGAACCACUAGUGAUGUGUAAAAGAUAUGGGCAGUUUGAUGGAAUUUCAC